AUGUUAAACCUUACUUAUCAUGAACGAGAUUUCGGUUUGCCAGCAAGUUGGACAUUUUUCAGUGCCUCUCACGGCAAAGGUCCUGUGGACGGUAUUGGCGCGACUGUGAAGUCUACAGCAACACGCCACCUGCCGAAAAGUACAGCUGAACAGUCAUUUCUUUCAGCAGAGGAAUUUUUCAAGUUUACUGAACAAGCCAAUGACCACCAAGUGAUAAAAAGGCGAUCUUGA